AUGGAACUAACUAAAGCGUUGUUGACGAAUUAUUUGCAAAGAAAUACACCGUAUUUCAAGAAACGGGAGAAGGAACCGGAGAGUAUAGUGCUGGGGCUAGCGGCAUCGUUGUGGUCAGCAGUUCAAAUGGCUACGGGGUACGACGAGUUUCGAGAAGGAGAUGAGGAGGGCAAUAUGAUGGAGCCGGUGUCGCUUGGGUCGUUAUCGGUGUUGUUGAUAUUGAAUCUGGCUUGUCAUCAGAACGCGGAUGUGAAGACGAUUAAUAUUUAUAAGGAAACGUUGUCGUUGUUUCAGAAUGCGCAAGGUUUGGGUUGUUAUUAUUAUUGUUAUUAUUUGUUUUAUUUGGUUUAUUUAUCGUUAUGGUAUUGUUAG